AUGGAGAUCCCGGGCAUGGCAGUGGCAACAGACACCCUGGUGAUGGGACUGGGAGGGCUGGGCUUUUUGCUUCUCGUUCUGGGUGCCGGAGCAGAUUGCUGGAGGGUAAGAAACAAAUUAAAAGGACUUUAAAGCUGGGAAGGGGGCGGGAUGGGGGGGUGGAAUCAAAAUCUGUGUUGUGCCAAACACCUGCCCUUUGGUUUCAUAGGUUGUUUUCAUUUUUUCCUGCUUCAUCUGUGGGUAGGGAUGCACAAACCUGUCUGAUUUCAGUUUCCAAAGGCAAACUUCAAGUUCCGAAAUGAGAUGUUAAGUGCAAUGUAGCCAACCUUUGCGCUUCUUCGGAUUUUGCAGGGCUGUUCUCCUCCACGCAAUGUGUAGAUAGUGUACACUGGAUCGCAACCUGUAGAAGUCCAAAGCACUGACAAGAUUAUGGUGCCUCCCCCCCCAUGUGCAAUUAAAAAUAAAAACAAUACUGAACCAUAGAAUAAAAUUGUACUAUUCGUAAUGACACAGAACUCACAUGUAUGCUGAAAUGCACAUGCAUGUAUGUCAUUUGUGACACCCGACAGGAUCUGAUUUCCUCGCAUUAGUUUGAUCUGCGUUAGGAGGAACACUCCCUGGCUUAGGUGGAGAUAAGUAAUAAAAAGAGAACAGGAAUAAUGAGGGGUAUUUGUAGUGGAGGGUAAGGAAGUCUAACAAAGUUCUGAUUUUCCCCAUAAUGAUUACUUAGAAGCUUUUAAAAAAAAAUUAUUAUUUUAUUUUAUUACUAUUAUGUAUUUAUAUUAUUAUUAUUUUGGAAAUCUCAAAUGUUAAAUGACUUCCCAAAAGAAAUAUAUAUUUGUGUGUGUGUGUGUGUGUGUGUGUGUGUGUGUGUGCGUGCGCGCACCCCUGCUUUGCUGGUACCUGAAAUGUGCUGAAUCAGUCCAUUGGGCAAUCUAGCACUGUGUGCUACAAGAUGAAGACACAAAGUCCUUCUGGGAAAUUCUUCACCUUGGAUCAGCUUCAGAGACAUUCACUCAUCCCAGCAUACAAAAUUUUCUUGGUCCCCCUUUCCCUCUCUGAAGAAAUUGAAAACUUGCUUGAUAGAAGAACUGGAGGGGUGCUUGGCUUGUGCUGUUGUCAAACCCAAGGCCUGGUUGCCAUAGCAACGUUAAGCUCUGGGGAAAAUACACCGCAGCGGCGAGGGCCGGUGUACUCCUGGAAAGGUCAAACCUGCUUCUGGUGACUUUGAUAAAGAGGGGCCAGUGCCCCCAGCUUUGCCCUCACUGGGUAAACACUGGCCACUGGAGCCAUCGCCGCUUCUUCCUUUCUUCGUUGCUGAACCCUCUCCGGGUGUUGGAUGCACAGGAGCCUGCUCUGUCAAACAUAUUUGCUAAUAUUUAUAAAAGUGAGCUGCCUGUGUAUGUGAAAGAUACAGACGGACAGACAGACAGAAGAGAGAGUGUGGGUUGUGAGGAUGAGAGUGCCUGAGACACAGGACAGUCAGAACAUGAUAACAUAAGAACCUACUGGAUCUGGCCAAUAGCCCAUAUAGCCCAGCCAUGGUGGUAGAACACAGCCACCAUGGAUAGCAGCCAUUGAUCGUCUUCUCCUCCAGGAGGUUCUCCAAUCCUCUUUGAAAGCUAUCCAAGUAUGGCAGCCACCACUGCCUCCUGCAGGAGCGAGUUCCACAAAUUACGUACUGUGUGAAGAAGUUAUUCUCAACUGUCCUGGUCUGUGGACCAGCUGAAUGGGGUUCAUGAACAGCCCGUGGUCUGUGGACCACUGCUUAAGAACCUCAAAUUAAAAAAAUUGUUCUCAAAGUCUCUCUCCACCCAACCCCCAAUCAUUCCUCCCCGCUCACCUUCCUUCUUUCUUACAACGAGUCCAGAGUGUAGUCCUGGGUGUCUUCAUCUUCCUCCUUAGUCUCAGUGUUGAACUCAAGGGGGGGAAUGGGGACAAAACUAGAAUGAAUUGGCUCUGCCUGCCAUGCCCUCUGGCGCCACCUACUGUUGGCCUCCCUUCCUUCUGUCCUACCAGACCUCAUGGGCACCAGCCUCCACUGACUACAGUUCCCACCACCCCAGUUCAUUAGCCAUGCUUGGGGCUGAAGGGUGCUUCAGGGAGUCCAACCACAUCUGGACAGCCUCAGGUUCUUUCCAUCCUUGAAUAGGGGACAAAUUCCCUCCUGCCACAAUCCUGAGGCUCCAACCAAUUGGAGGGGCGGGCAGCCUGGGUACAACUGAGUUAGUCCACCAACACCUUUCUACUCAACUCCAUCUCACUUCACGCCACCUGUCUGUACAAAACCCCCAGCGGUGCCUCAUUCCUGCACAAAACAUUUCUUUCUCUCUUCCCUUCUCUAGCAAGACGCCAAGGACCCCCUGUCUUCAGUGGGGCUGAGUGCCCGGUGCCGGGGGUUGUGGAGCGAGUGUGUGUUUGAUAACGUCGCCGACCUCUGGACCUGUGACAUCCCGAUCUCCUAUCUCAGCGAACAUCCAGGUAAGGGAAAUAAACCAGGUCCACCUGGUUGGAGCAGGUUGCAAAGGUGGACAGGACACACGGGAAGCUGCCCUGUACCAUUAGUCCAUCUAGCUCAAUAUUACCAGCACUGGCUGGCAGUGGUUCUCCAAAGUUUCAGACAGCAGUUCCCCCCCAGCCUCACCUGGAGUUUUUCAGGGAUUGAACCUGGGAUCAGAGGCUCCCAGUCAAAGAUGCAGUACUAAGACUCUCAGCUCAGUUAUUGCCAGUGGGUUUAUUCUAUAAGUCACAACAAUGGCCCAACAUUGGUCAGGUUACAAGGUGUACAAGUCACCAGUCUCCAGGAGGAAAUUGCUAAAUGUCUGGGAAAAUCCAGCCAUAUGGCAACCCAUGUUGGGAGUGAAGUUGCCCACGUUGGGCAAAAGAUUCCUACAUUGCAGGGGGUUGGACUAGAUGGUCCUAGUGGUCCCUUCCAACUCAACAGUUCUAUUAUUCUAACCCAGAGGAGGUUUUUGAGAGAAAGGGGAGAGAUUUUGUUGUUGUUGCUGCCAUUAUUAAAUAACUGAGCAUCAGAAACCCCACAGCAAAAUUUGCCUGCAGUCUACCAUUAAAUCUUGAUCUCCUUUCAAGGUGCCUUCCAUGUUCUAAAAUCUUGUUCUCUCUCAAUUCUUCACCCCAUCCCACCAGCUGUUCUCGUGGUCACUCGGGUUUUGGUGAUCCUCUCUGCCUUUCUGACUCUUUCUGCCAUACCUCCCUUCAUUGCUGGCAUGAAAUGUACCAAGCUAAUGCACGGCAGAGUCCUUCAGAAACAGAAGUUCUCCCUGGCUGCUGGGAUCCUGUUCCUCUUAGGAGGUAAGCACAGCCUUGCCUUGUUUCAGGUUGGGGCAGAAUAGUACUCGAUCUAGACCUUGCCUUCCACAGUCUUGUUUGUAGGGUGCCUCCUUCCUCUUCCUUUUUUACAUUAGUCCCACAUUAAAGCCUUUAACAGCAGCCAAAAAACCGAGGAACCUUCCAGAUUCCCUUUUAUUCCGCAUAUGAUUAUUUGUGCUCACAGUGGUAUUAGGGAGGUUAAACCUGAUCCCGCAUUUAUGACUGUCUGCACCUGCAACUUCUUACAGUCUGAAAAGCUGUAGUGACGAAGCAGUGCAGAUUGCUCAAAACAAGUAAAUGUAAGUUGAAAGAGAGUACCGUAUUUUUUGCUCUAUAAGACUCACUUUUUCCCUCCUAAAAAGUAAGGGGAAAUGUGUGUGCGUCUUAUGGAGCGAAUGCAGGCUGUACAGCUAUCCCAGAAGCCAGAACAGCAAGAGGGAUUGCUGCUUUCACUGCGCAGCGAUCCCUCUUGCUGUUCUGGUUUCUGAGAUUCAGAAUAUUUUUUUUCUUGUUUUCCUUCUCCAAAAGCUAGGUGCGUCUUGAGGUCUGGUGCGUCUUAUAGAGUGAAAAAUACGGUAAUAUGUGGAAGUAUAGGGUUGUCUCCAGCUAAGUCCUACUCAGAGCAGACCCAGGGCCGGAUUUAGGUUUGAUGAGGCCCUAAGCUAAUAAAGGUAAUGGGGCCAUUUAUAUGUCCAGCUGUCCUUUGUCAACAACAAAUUGUCACUGUUUUUUGUGUUGAAUAUAUGCUAUAUGGUAAUUUAUGGACCUUUAAAUUUUUUGGAGGGGGCAAGAGAGUGGGGCCCUAAGCUACAGCUUGUUUAGCUUAUACAUAAAUCUGGCACUGAGCAGACCCAUUGAACUAAGUUGGUCAUGCCCACUAUUCAGAGUAGGACUAGCACUGAAUAGGACCCUGAUUCAUAGGAUGAUGUUCUAGAAUAUGACGAAGAGAUCUUGCCCUUCCAGAAUUCAGUGUGACACCAAGGAUGGGCAUAUCUGCCAAUUUCGGUUUUUCACAGGCUCUCAUUCCCCCCCCCCCCGCCCAAUUCUUAUGAUAAGUUCUACAUGUCCACAUUGUAGUGCACAUUUCUCCUACUAUUCACAUUUUUUUUUUUACAUUUCCAAUUUUGCCUAAUCCACACUUUCUUUUUGCAGAGCAAUUUCCCCCCAAUAUAAUGCAUUUGUAUGUUUCUCCUUCUUCCCAAUAUCAUAUACACUUUUGUAAACAUUACUUGGCUCGAUCCAGAGAAGCACAAAUUUCUAAGGGUGGCUGUAUUCAUGAAUUGUUUUAGAAAGCCAAUGUGGUUAAGAGUGUAAUGGUUAGAAAUGUUGGACUAAGACCUGGGAGACCUGGGUUCAAAUCCCUCAGCUCACUGGGUAACCUUGGGCCAGCGACUGUCCUUUAGCCUAAACUACCUCCCAGGGUUGUUCUGAGGAUAUAAUCAGCAGCCGGAGAACAAUGUAUGCCAUCUUAAGCUCCAUUGAGGAAAGGUGAGAUAGAAAUGUAAAAAUAAAAAUAGGUAGGUUCGCCUUCCAAUGCAGAUGAAAUAAAAAUCAACCCCCAUCCCUGUAUGAGAUUGAGGUCAAUCUAGUGUCGAUCCUACUCAGGAUAGACCCAUUGAAAUUCAUGGGCCCAAGUUGGUGUUGUCCAUUUAUUGCAGUGGUAAUAAAAGUUAGCUAGGUGAAUACACACCAGCCGAAGGUGUGCACACAGCUUUUUUUUUUUUUUAUAAAAAAAAAAAGCUUAAAAUUCUAUUUAUCCUUAGAGGAGAUCUUAGAGAACAUCUGAAGGCAGCCCUGUUUAGGGAAGCUUUUAAUGUUUAAUGGACUAUUGUAUUUUAAUAUUCUGUUGGAAGCCGCCCAGAGUGGCUGGGGAAACCCAGCCAGAUGGGCAGGGUAUAAAUAAUAAAUUGUUGUUGUUAUCAAGGAAGCCACGGUAGCUGGAAACUCUAAUGUGGAAUGGUCUCCCUUUCACAGGGCUCUCUGGAGCGGUUGCUUCUCUGUGGUACGGCAUCGACACCGUUCAGAAGUAUAAGCUUGAGGUAAGUGAGGUAGCCUAAAAGAACAUAUGAACAGAAGAAUCAACUGUAGAGUUGGAAGGGACGUCUAGUACAACCCCCUGCCUUGCCAAAAACUUCUGCCCAACAUGGGGCUCAAACCCACCACCCUGAGAUUAAGAGUCUUGGGCUCUACCAACUGAGCUGUAUGGCAGAAGCUGCCUUAUGCCAGAGUCUGCUAGCCCAGUAUUGUUGACACUGACUGGCACCAGCUCUCUAGGAAGGGAGUCUUUCCCUGCCCAGCUUGGCGAUGGCUAGAUUUGAACCUGGGACCUUCCUGCAUGCAAAGUAGGCGCUCUACUACACAGUUGUGGCCAUUCCCCAAUGGGAAUGGAGUUUAGUAUAGAACGUCUUGGAAGCCACAUGGAUUCUUUAGGGCGUUCCCCAUCCACCUCCUGCCUUGACUGGCUGCAGUUCCCUAGGGUCUCAGCCCUUCCCCAGAAGUACCUGAGAUGCCCCAAUUUGAACCUGGGGCUUUCUGCCUGCAAAGCCCUACAAGUGAGAAUUUUUUUAUGGUAAUCAACACAUGCCUUUAAAAUGUGCUGCUCCCCCUGGUUCGAUGCCUGCGGUGUGUCCGGGAUCGCUCACCAUCUCUUUUUUUGUAGUGUUUUUAUUGCUUUUCCAUUUUCAAAAUUUAAACAUAAUCUUACUAUCCACAUUGUUUUUUGUUCUUCUGAGCCAAAUUGACUUCCCUCCCUCCCGUCUCAUGGUUUUCAAAGUUCACCCUUGUAUGAACGCUAUGAUAUAAGGGUGAACUUUGAAUGGAAGAUGCAUGAUCUUCCAUUUUACGUAUUUCUCAUUCAACUUAUCUCCACUUUCAAAUAAAUAUAAAAAGCUAAUAACCAUUAUCAUUGCAAGAUUUCUUACAACCCUAAUAGUGUUGGUAAAUGUUUACAAUGACCCUUCAAAUAUUGUACAAAUUUACUCCAGCCUUUUAGGAAAGCUUGAUCACGCUGGUUUCGGAUUUUCCCGGUCAGCUUUGCCAAUUCCUCAUAGUCCAUCGUUUUCAUCUGCCACUCUUCAAUCAUUGGUACUCCUUGUUGCUUCCAUUUUUGGGCUUAAAGAGUCCUUGCUGCAGUAGUAGCAUACAUGAACAAUUUAUGAUUGCGCUUUGGUAUUUCUUCACCUACUAUACCUAAUAAAAAUGCUUCCGGGUUUUUUUAAGAAAAGGGAUCGCUCACCAUCUCAGUUCUCUUUCAGGUUAGCUUGGGCAUCCCUGGCGUGACUUACGAGCUUGGCUAUUCCUAUUGGAUGGCUGCCGCGGGCGCCACUUGCACCACUUCCGGUGGUGCCGUACUGAUCACCGCCGACUGCCUUGAUGCCCAGGCGCCGAAGAGAAAGCAGAACCUUCUCUGCAGCCCUCUGACCUCCAAAGGGCCGCAAACCUACCUAUGA